AUGGUCCAGCUGCACACUCACCCCUUUCCCAAGUCUUCGGCCUCUCCCGGACAGGGCAAAAUCGUUGCCAAGCUCCUCCCGGGCGGAGGCAACGGCCUCGAGUCCAUCGUAUAUCAAUAUCCUCUGAAGCUCAUCUCGCCCACCACUCCUUCUGGCGGCCAGAAGAGCGUGCUCGUCUUUCUCCUAUCCUACGGCGGCGGCCUGGUGGGAGGUGACACCGUCAGCUUGUCCGUCGUCAUCCGCGCCGGAGCCAGCUUGAGUCUUGUCACCCAGGGCCACACCAAGAUUUUCAAGUCUCCUUCUCCCAACGUCGUGACAAGUCAGGUCAUGCAUGUGCGGAUGGACCAGGACUCGGCUCUCUGUCUCCUUCCUGACCCGGUUCAGCCGUUCGAGGACAGCGCUUAUGCGCAGACGCAGAUCUUCGAACUGGCCAGCCGAUGCUCCCUGUGCCUCUUGGACUGGGUGACUGCCGGCCGCACGGCUCGCGGAGAGAUGUGGAGUUUCGUCAAGUGGAAGGGACGAAACGAGGUCUGGCUGCGCGGUGCCGAGGACCGAAACCGUCUCUUGGUCAGAGACACGGUUCUGCUCUCGCGAGACGGCAGCACGGCCGUUGGUCUGCCUUUGAGGGAGACGAUGCACCAAAUGACCAUCUUUGGCACCCUCAUCCUGCGCGGGGUCAUGCUGGAACCGCUCGCCAAGUUCUUUCUCGCCGAGUUCGAUGCCUUGCCGCGCUUAGGUGCUCGCGACUUUCGUUCCAAGGAAGCCCGCGAGGAAGAGGCCAAGAACAUGUCCAACUUUGAGCACUGGCGCUCCCGACGGAUCGAAGACGAAGCGAGUCAGGGCGUACUGUGGUCGGCGGCGCGUGUCCGGGGCUGCGUCGUGGUCAAGUUUGCUGCUCCUACCGUGGAGGCUGGCAGGGAGUGGAUAGGAUCCAUGUUGGUCAAGGAGGGCACCGUGGAUGCUCGGUUUGGCCAUGAGGCAUUGAUGUGUGUGAGGUGA